CACAACUCCUAAAAUGACCAAGCAAAUAUUAUAUGAUUUUCUGUUUAAAUAAAGUUUGACUUGACUUGACUUGCAUUCUAAAAUAUUAUUUACUACGCUUAUUUCUCAGGUCACGUGACUUAUAUUGACAGCCUUCAGUCAUGUCUGCUGACGUUGCCGUAACGACUUUAUUCACCACCCUCGUCAUCGCGGACAUCAUUGGUAAUUGCCUCGUUAUCUUUGUCAUAAGCAGAAAUCGAGAUAUGAGGAGUCCCGUCAAUUAUCUACUUGUGAACCUAGCCAUAUCAGAUAUCACGUUCGCGGCGUUUGUAGCUCCAAAUCACAUUUUGAAGAAAACUUUCACUCACCCAGACGGGGCCAUUGGCUCUGGGUUAUGCAUGAUUCUAACAGGGGGAAAUGUGGCAUGGGUGGGAGCAGCUUCCUCAUCUGUCACUCUGGUAGCUAUUGCUGUCGAACGCUAUUACACUGUAAUGUGUCCUCUUGGUAGCAGAGGAAAACUUACCAAGCGAAAAGUCAAGGUGAUUAUUCCUGGUUGUUGGAUCUUUGCUGUCGCUUUAAACAUGCCACUGAUUCUGGUUACAAUAUUUGAUGAAAUAACCGGCGACUGCAAGUGGAACUGGCCUAAAAGCUGGAUGGGCGCGGCCAAUGAGACCACUUGGCUUGUAUUGUUGGCCAUUAUUCCAUUGAUCGUGAUGACGGGCUUAUACUCCAGAGUCGUUUAUACGCUGUGGUUUAAGCGUAAUGAUGGUCAGGAACUCGCGUUUCGGCAAAAGGGAGUUUUGAGAGUGCGGAAGCGAGUCACCUUGAGUGUGAUCACUGUCAGUGCCAUCUUUGGAGUCUGUUGGAUUACUGGUUUAUUAAUAUAUAUCUUAAGCUACUAUGACAUCUACAUGUUUGGUCCUGCCUCCUACGCCAUUUCCGACACCAUGUUCAUGUUCAAUUCUGCCAUCAACCCUUUUGUAUAUUCUCUGUUGAAUGAACGGUUCAGGGGGAAACUGAAGGGAAUGUUCUGUUACAAGUGCGCAGCCAGAGUACAACCCUCGAGCGAGCCCUACAGCGUGCAACUUGCCAACAACACGUCUCGCGUGACUAACACUGCAGGCGCCUGCUUGGACUGACACCUAGAGCACAUGUUCUCAAGGAAGAUUUUAACAUAACAGCUUGAGGACGGUGCCGGCCAUAGUAAUUCAAUAAACACUCAGCUUUUUUUCUUGAUAUAACAUAAGAAUUGAUAAUUAUGUAAUAAGUGCGGCAAUUUAGUUGAGGAAACAAGCACGCGGAAGGUUUGUUGUCCAAUCAAUUAACAGCAGGAACAGUUGAGGUUACUUGGAAAGUUGACAUCAAGGUUGAAUAAGUUGCUUAGUAACAAGACGAAAGCAGACUCAGUGAACUGGAACUUGUUCCUUCAACUAAAUACGAGAAUUUAACACUGUCAACGGGACAAUUAAGGUCUGGACUGCUGAAUCCUUCCCAAGGCAAAGUAGCUUUGACAUAUUGUUUACUACUAUUUAACUUUUAUGUAUCUCAGUAACUAUACUCCGAAUUAAGAUUGUAUUCUUCCAGCUCGACUGCAAAACAGUCGUAUUUUUUGCGAACGCGGGCGACGGUCAAUAUUCGAAAGGUCUACAACAAGUUUAUUCCUGGUAAUUAUCCCUUCAAAGUAUAAUCCAUUUCAUUUUUUAUAUGCAUGACAAUGUUGACUGAUUAACAGACAGAGACGUUAACUUAUUCUUGUCAGUUCAACUUUCACAGCUGGGGGAGGGGGGUGGGGGGUUUCAAAGCCGAUUUAUUCUGUGAUGCUGAAGUUGAAGUAAUCGUUCAUCUCUCUCAAAAAUUAUUACAGCGCACGGUAAAUAAGCUGUAAAUAAAUUGUCUCACCAGCCACCUGAUAUAAAUGUUAUCCAUCAA